AUGGCAAACACACCAACAUCCAAGAUGACUGUCUUUCCCUCCAAGAGAAUGUUUGGAUUGAAGGGACAAGCCAAAAGAUCCCUUCACUCCUCAUCCUUCCUUGAGAUGAAUUUUGAAGCUUUGAGAAGAGAUCCAUUCCACUUGAGAAAUACCUAUACUUUGGGUGCUUCUGAAAUUGAAUUGAGAACCAACAAGAGAAGUAUCAAUAAAUUGAAGAGAAAUGUCGACUAUGCUCCAAUUAGACAUAAUGUUGGUCGAGUAGAAGGUAACACCAUGAAGAUUUAUUCAGUUGAAGGUACAGCUCUCUCUGGUAUUGUUAAUCUUGAUAGAGAACUCAAUGUAUGGGACGUCAAGUGUGAUCCAACUGAUGACUCCAUCACCAUUGACUUUUCAGAUCACGCGCGUACUGCCUCUCGUUUCAUUCCUGGUACAAGAUUCAUCAUUAGUGAAAAGUGGAAUUGUUUCAGAGGUCAAGAAGAUCGUGCUGAGAAUCCUGCCACAACCAAUGUUGUCCUCACGCGUGAAAUCAUAGCUCAUGAAGGAAAUAUGAUGAGAGUUCGUUUCCAAACUCGUUCCAUGUCUCCUGCUGAAUUGUUCAUGGAGGCAGAAAUUGGAGUUAACUCAAGAGGAGUUACACCAAUCUCUAGAAAAGUUCUCUGGGGAUUGAGUGAUGCUUGGAAUUCAGUCAAGAAGGCAGGUGCUGCUGUUGGUGGUGCUGUCAACAAUGCCUAUCAAACUGUCAAGGCUGCUCUUCCAGAUCCAACUUAUGAAGGAUCCGCAAGUUACACCACUCCAAUGUUAAAUAUUAAUUGUGAUAGUUCUGGAACACCAAUUAAUAAUAACAUUCCAAUUUAUAAGGCUGAAUCUCUUGAAGUUGCCUGUGAAGAUUGUAUCUCUAGAAUCUUUAUGGAAUUCUCAUUGAAGGUCAAUAUCAAAUUGAUCACUUUAAAGACCUUGCGUGCAACAGUUGGUGGUAGUUGGAAGACAUCUGGUUAUGUCAGACUGGCAGUCACAGCAAAAUACGAAAAGGAUAUUGAAAAACUCUUACUCAAAGCUCCAGCUGUUACCAUUCCAAUCAUGAUUAGUGCUGUUCCAGUAUUAACUGUCUCCGUACUUCCAAGUCUUAAAUUCAAAGGUAAAAUCGAAGCCACUGGUACAAUUUCCUAUCGUAGAAACUUUGAAUUACUCAUCCAAAAGACAUUGGGUUAUGAGUACAAUGAUGGAACUUAUAGUACUGUAAAGGAAGGAGAUGGAAUUACUUUCUCAUCUGAUCCACCAAAGAUUGAAGUAAAUGCUGUGACCAAUGUUUACUUUGGAUUGAUUCCAGGUGUUGAAGUCAAUGUUAAGAUUUUGGGUGUUAAGGAAUUGGCCUCUGUUUAUGUUGGUAUUGCUCCUCGUUUCAGAAUUGAAUUGAUUGGCGAAGGAUUGAUUGAAGGUGAUUCAGUUUCAGCUUAUUGUAAAUUGAGCGCCUAUUACAAUUUAAUUUUCUAUUAUGAAUCUGAGAAAUUUGGUGGUAGUAAGGAAUUAGAAUUAGUUGGUAAAACUGAAAUUGCCUCAAUGAGUGGUAAAUUCAAGACCAUGAGUCCACCAAAACCAAAGUAUGCUGAAUCUACUACAGAUAGUAAUGGUAACUUAGUUCCAGGAGCCAAUAACUAUGUUGGUAAAGCAGAUCCAGCCUCAGAUCCUGUUCCAGUUCCAGUCGUUGUUCAACCAGAGUUCAAGUCAACUCCAGCAUUCUAUGAAUUUAAUAUUAAGAAUGCCAAUAAUAACUUUUACUAUGUCAAGUAUGGUUAUAAUAUGUUGAAUACCAAUACUGCUCAAAAUGACGUUCUUAUUACUCAAGGUGAUUAUGAUGUCACUCAAACUGUCAAUGAUGGAACAGUCAUGGAGGAUGGCACUUUUAUUAAGGUUGUUUACAAAACAGCUCAAACUCCAAUUUUCAUCUUUACUUCAACUCCUGAUCCAACUAAGGAAAAUAUCAUUGAAGGUGAAGUCGAUUUUAUUCUCAGAUAUGAUGCCCCACGUGAAAGUGAUGUUGUUUUCAUGUCAAUUCUCACAGAUCAAAAAAUAAUUUUGGAUACUGCUGCUAAUUAUCCACGUUAUGCCUUCUCAAUGCAAGCUUGGGGUAAAUUUAGUUUGACCUUGUCAGAAGCAUGGACAUCUGGAAACAUGUACAAGAUGUCAAAUGGUGCCAAGUUCAAUUAUAUUGAUAAGGAAACUGAAUAUACUUUCCACUUGACUUUGGAAAAUAUGAAUAUUGGAAAUACUGAUAAGAUUUUAUUGGCAACUGUCAUUCCACUUGAUGAAAGUUUCACAAUUAAGCAAAUUGGUAUGGCUCCUUACAAUAUCAUGGAUUUCAAUUCCAAGAUUGUAAAUCCAUUCCGUUCUGGAAGAUUAAUCAUUAAUUUGAAUAGAUAUACUUAUCCAUAUUUGUCAAUGACUUCUUUGGAAGGUGCUGGUAAACUCAAAUUUGCAAAUGAUUUCUAUACCAAUAUUCUCAAUGAUGGUAGUUCAUUCAUGGUUAAUUAUGGAGUUGGUGAAACAAUUUUUCCAAUUGCUGAUGAAUAUUUGAAUAAGGGUGAUGUGUCAAUGAUGUCAACCAAUCAAAUUAAUCUUCAAUUUGUUUACAAUGAUAUUCUUAAUAGUGGUGUUCCAUCUGAAACUAAGGUUAUUGGUCCAAAUUCUGAUUUUAGCUAUUAUGGUAUGAAGUGUUCAGCUGUCAGGAUGACAGAUAUCAAUGCCAAGACUUUAUAUUUGAGAAUUGUGAAUAGUGCAACAGGUGUUGUAAUGAGUUAUGAUUCUAAUAUUGUUGUUGAUUCUAAAGAAAUGAGUAGAGAUACCAAAUCAAUCAAUAAUUUGGUUGCUGAAAAGCCGAAAGGUUUAUUCAAAUUAAGGUCACCAACAAGAAGACAAGUUCAGUUUCCAUCUUUUUGGAAGCAAGUAUUUCCUAGAACUUUGACCAUUGCAAGAAGAGAAAUUGACGCAACUUCCAUUACAAUGGAUCCAGCCAUCAAUGGAAACUUUUAUUUGGAUUUGGCAGCUGACUUGAACAAUGCCAAAACUGCCAACAAAAUUGGUCUUGUUCUCAUUGCUGAAAGUACCGAUGCCACAUGUGUCUAUGACAUGUCUGUCAAUUCCAAUACUGUAAAGGCAACUCCAUCAAUUACUGAUGUCAACUCAAUUGCCACUUCAAGUUAUUCCUAUACUUCAACAGUUAAGAGAUUGCCAAUUGCCUUCUCCAAGACAACUGGUACCUUAGUUCAAUUCAAUUUACUUUCAAAAUGUGCUUUGAAAUUGACUUUGGAAGAUUUGAAACCAACAACUGUCGACAUGGUUUGGAUUAAUCAAGCAACAGCUGGAAAUACCGAAUUUAUGGUUUACAAUAGUAAUCCUGACCAUCCAUUUGAUGUGAAGGGAAUUGCUGAUAUUAAUGCAAAUCCAAGUAAGAUCUUUGAUAUGAUUAAGAGUGGGUCAACUGAUUUGACGACAUUGUACACUGUUAGUGCAUGUACUGUUUCAACCAUUGAUCAAUUGCUCCAAAUUAAUUUGGUGAAGAAAGAUAGUGCAGCAGUGGUUAAGACUUCAUUUACUUUCACACCAACUGCUUCAUUGUUCUCAACUUCAUCUGUUGCUGCUACAACAGAUUUGGUUGUUGUGGACGAAUCAAAACAAGUGAUUGUUGCUACUAGCUCAGGUUCUCCUACAAACAAUAACAAUAAUAAUAACAAUAACAAUAAUAACAAUGGUACUGUUCCAAUACAUAGUACUGAUGUUAAUGGUUCUGGUAAGAUUGUUGCAUCAGUAUUCGUCAUGGUUGUGAUGAUUUGUAAUUUCUUACUCCUUUAG